AUGAUGUUCUUGGAAGAUUUAGCUUUGAAGUUCAAGAAAAAAGGGAAUUGGAACGCAUUCUAUGUUGUGUUGGAUUUAUUGAUCCAUGGGAUUGUGCUCUUCCCAAACGUUGAAAAAUUUGUGGAUCAGGUAGCCAUAGAAGUCUUUCUCUCUGGCAAUCAUGUACCAUUUCUCUUAGCUGACAUUUACCAUGCCCUUCACGCUCAACAUGAAAAGAGGGGUGGAACUUUGUUGUGUUGUGCUCCUUUGCUUUAUACUUGGUUCAUGCAACAUAUGCCCGAAAAAGGCCCUUUUGUGGCAAAGGAACUUAAAUCUCCUCAAAGACUAGCUUCUCUCACUGCAAGUUCCAUCCGAUGGUAUAUCCGAGAGUGGGAAACCCCAGACCUUAUUGUCAACUGUGGGGAAUUUCCUAAUGUGUCGUCGUUAGGUAAUAAGGGUUGCAUCAAUUAUAACCCUAUGUUAUCUCGAAUGCAACAUGGCUAUUCCAUGGAUGGUCCUCCUGGCGCAAAGGACUUACAACCAUUUGUGUUCUUUGACAUCCAAGCAAGUAAUCCUGAUGUAAGAGUGAUCCGAAAGGCUUGGUUGAAGAUUGUUAGGAGGGGUAAAGAGUUUGGAAAAAGAAACACUCUUGUCAAAGAACCUUACACUCGAUGGGUGAAAGAAAGAGUUGAGGAAAUCCAUUUUCCAUUUAUCUUUAAUGCUUCAGUUUUUCCUAAAAUUCCGGAGCCAAACCUAUACUCCCUGAGGACAUGGAGAAACUCACUACUAAGGUUAAAGAGCUCGAAUUGGAGAAUACUGAAUUACGGAUUUAGAUGA